UCAGAAUUUCGAAAACUUGGGUUAGCUGGCUGUGAGUCAACCGCUACGUGGCAUACAUAUAACAUGAUCAAUUUUAAAAGAUAUGCUCUGACGCGGCUUUCAUGAGUUGCUUCCUGUUGCUCAUUCCUCAGCCACUCAAGUGAUACAUUGACGGGCAGUUUAUCCAAAUCUCAAUUGCCAAUCUCCCAUUACAAUUCUUCCUAAUUUCCAGGCGCAUCAUUAAAGGCACUUUACCAGAGGCCAUGCACAGUACGCAUGGAUCAAGUAUGGCCCUGUUGUUUGCGGGAAAACCUCCAGGCACAAGCAAAUGUCCCCAACACCUUCUGGGGAAGAUCCGUGACAUUCAUUAAUAAAAGGGCCCAUAUAAGGAGCUGUUCCACUCAUUGACACGACAAAAUAACAUUCAACAGCCACACAUUACCUCUUACGACGCUACCGUGCCAGCAGUGUUACGGAUAUAGAUUGGCUGCUACAGUAUGAGUAAACCAUAAUGGAGGGAGGCUGUUGGCAAUAGAGUAUGAGUCCCUGCAUAUCAGGUCAGCCAACACCCAUCGAAUCCUUUGUCCUUAGCUGGCAAGUUUUGCAGCUUCGUCCUUCAACAUCUGCACGGCAUUCACUCUUCUGCAACAAACCCCAAACUGGAGUCGUUUCUUCGACUCAUCACUAUCAAUACAGUUAUACAGUAUAGCACAGUAUUUCCUGGCCUGGCGUAGCCUGUUUCAACAGUUGGCUGCUUGGAUGCCCCAGAAAUAUCGACCUUCUGGACGCCGACGCCACACACUAACGUGCAGGCCCCUACCCCGUACCUGGCAACGUCCCUUCUGAGGCGCAGACGGACUGUCCGUUACUGUAUUGGACAGACAAGACACACUCCUAUUUCAGCUUCGACCCUUCUUGUUGGGUUUAUUAUCUUGAGUACGUUCCAGAUCACCGGGCGAACGUGCAACACAAUCGGCCGCAAGCAGAAGACACGACACUACCGCAGGUUUAAGCCGUACAAUAUCUAUACUCGACCUCGAACAACCUGGUGUUGCUCUCGCUCCCUUGAGACACCGCCAACUCUUCUUACGCUACAUCGCUAAAAGCAUACGACCCAACACAGCCCAACCAAACAAAACAAAACAAAUAAACAUGUCCGCUGCUACAAAGAAGCCUCCGGCGGGUGGUGUUGGCCGAGUUUCUCAUACCGAAUCUAAUUCUUCAACAAGUCCUUCUCCCUCACGUUCCAACUCUCGAUCUACUACUCCUACCAGCAAUGGCCAUACCCGCACUCGAUCGCUACGAACAACUGCGCCUGUGUCAGCCCGUGCUGCUAUUGCCAGAAGGGAUACUCUGAGUGCUGCUGAAUCAGACGCUCGAGCCGAAGCUGCUGCUGCCGUUGAAGAUCUUCAGAAGCGCCUAGAGAAUGAAGAGAAGUCUUCCCUUCAAUACAAGCGUCAGGUCGAGGUUCUCCAGUCCAAACUCGAUGAGGCGGUCAAGGAGUCGGCAAAGUUGGAGGAGAAAGCACAUGAAUACGAAGAGCAGAUUGAGACUCUGAGUAACGAGAAGAGGGAGAUGACUCGUCAGAUGCGUGAGAUGGAGUCCAUUUACGAAGCGGAACGCAGUUCGAUUCUUAAAGAGAAGGAAGAAAUGGCCAGCCGAGAAGAGGAGAUGCAGGCCAUGAUCCAGCGGCUCAAGGACAGCCUUGCCCAGCGAAACAACACGGCGGAAGAGAGUCGCCCUUCGAGACAACGUAUGUCCACAUAUUCAUUCUCUCUGCCAUCUUCCCCGCUCACUGGUUUUCCAGAUUCUGCCGGUUCAUCGCCAUCGCUCGAAAACGGCAGCUUCGCACCUCCAUCCUCUAUACAGCGCAGCGACUCGCGGAAUAGCUCAAAACUCAUUCUUCAGAAAGACAAGCUCAUUGAGUCUCUACGACUGGAACUCGCUGAGGCUCAGAUUAAGCUGGUCGAGUCAGAGAACCAGGGUGGCGGUCGCCUACACGAGGUAGAACGACUUCUCAUGGAGGCUCGUAUGGCGAACGCUCGACUUAUGGAGGACAACGAGAGCUACCAGCUGCUUCUACAGGAGCGUACACUCAAGGGUGACUUUGGACAGAACGACUUCAGCUACAUGGGCAGCAACUCCAACCAGGACGCCCUGGCUGCACUCGAGGGCAAGGCGGCUGGUUCUAGUCUUGCUGAUGAGUUGUCUGAAGCUACUGAGGGAGAAUCUGUCUCCGAUGGUGACCGCCGUCUUGAGGCCGAGCUGAAGUCCAUGAAGGAGCAGAACAAGGCGCUCACACUAUAUAUUAACAAGAUUAUUGAGCGCCUUCUUCAACAUCAGGACUUCGAGUCCAUCCUCGACCAGUCGAGCGAUUUGAAAAGCCUCCCAGAUACCAACAAGGAGCUUCCUCCAGCCCCUGCCGACAAGCAACAGCCUGGGGCAACAAUCCUCCAGCGAGCCAAAUCCAUGGCGGUCGGGCCUACCAAACCGAGGCCUAGGCCAAUCUCCGUCAUGCAACCCUCUACUAGCUCAAACCACACCGACCCUGACAAGGCACCUAGUAUACCGAUCGGGUUAUCACGUUCAACCAGUACAAGACGGAGUCCACGGCCUCAGAGCGACCAAUAUACUGGGGCUGCCAGCCUGGUCAGCCAGAUGUAUCGGGGGCCAGACGGCCCCGUCUCUCCACCACUUGGGACUCCACGGCAUUCCCAAACCUUCUUCUCCCCGCCGAACAACUCGGGCAACCCUAACGCGGCCGCCCGGGUGCCUAGCGGAGCCUCGGUGGCCACCUCCGGCAACUUUCCUGGGAUGCGGAGUGAGACGUCCAGCUUGAGCGGAGAGUCUGGAGAGUUAUCCAUGUCGACGCCGCCCUCGCAAUCACCACCCCGAUCCCAUAAUGAUAGGCACACAACGUCGUUCGCGGGAGGCAAGCCGAGGCCGCUUCGACUGGUCCAGGAGAACCAGGAGGCUGUUAAGGAGAAUAAGCGAUCCAGCUGGUACUCGCCAUUCACCUGGGGGGCCAAGAAGGAGGAGCAGCAGGUACCGUCCGGCAACCCAAUUCCCGAGUAGAGCGGGAUAGGGCUGUAGGAAGGGCCUGAGACUGGAGAGAAGAUGCUACGCAGUGACACAGAAUUAAUGAGACGUGACGCUUGGAUAUGUAUGUUCAUAGGGCAUCCUUAGGGACUGAUGACUGGUCAUGUACGAUUUACGUCAUUAGAUAUAGCGGCGUUGGGUUCAUGGAUUAUCGUUGGCUGUAUCGACGCCGUCUCGCAAGCAAUGGGUGGUGUUUUAAGGAUUGUCCUGUUUGUGCUUGGGAUAGGUGAUGGACAAUUCCAAGCUAGUAUGGGAGCACAUGACUGUUGACGACGAACUAAGAAUGGAGGCAUGAUGUUUCUAGAUAUAGACUUACGGAAAGCACUCGUAUAGCGAGGUUACAAUCAUGAAUAUAGUUGACGAUAUUGGUUUCGCGAAUCCAGGGGCUUCUUUGUUAAUCUUGGAUAACGUGGAAUAGCGUUGUGUCUUUUCUAGGGCUGGCAUUUUAAGCGUACUAUAGGUAUGGAUAAAUAUACAGCGACACAGCCUGAAUGGGAAUGUCAUAUUUGAUGCCGUAAAUUACAGGCGGUAUCAGAUCUUGAAGGUCAUUGAGUCACAAAGCUUUUCCCCCUCUUCCUAACCAUCGCUGGCCUCAUAUGCAAUGGAAUACUACAUAUCAAACCUGACCAACCGCAAGUUGACCGGCUGCUGAAUUGUCAAGUUUAGUGAGAUGACGUUUCCUAUCAGACCCUACAUGCAUCCUGUACAGAAUCGAUAGUUCCUCCCAUGGCAACUCUACGAUGCUACUUAAACGAGCAGAUAAGUGUACAAGCAUGUACAAGUUGCGCGAUUUCAGUCAAGAGCCAUGAUGCAUAAGGCAGCCAUUCGAAAGCGCGCGCAUAUACCACGACUGGACAACACAGCAUACAUACUGUAGUCCCAGGGGAUUUAGGGUGGUUGUGAUAAGACG